UUACCGACCGGAUGAGUAAACAGGAUGAUGAAGGAGGGGGAGCUUCAAUGUAAAUAGAUUCUUCGGAUAGUUUAAGUCUCAUCGUUCCUAUAUUUCUCCUCGUCUUUAUUCGAUUUUCAACGGCUGACGAAGAUUCCAACACGUGAAGUAUUAUUUUAUUGCAAUUAUUAUGACAAUUAUUAAGAUUAUUUGCUGAAAGCUUAACCUUAGCUUGAUAACGUCUUACAAUAAAAUAUAGGAUCCAUAAAUAAUGGAAGGCUGUGCUUGUGGCGCUUCACAUGAUACAUCAGAAUUAGGAUUCAAUUAUAAUUUAUAUGAAAAAAUAGAUAAAGAUAGUGUACAAUGUUUAAAUGAGCUUGUGGAAGGUACCGGUGCCACAGUCUUCAAACCAUGGGAAGAAAGAUUAGACAGAUCACAUUUUGUUGAAUGUGAUACUGAUCCUGAACUUCUGUUUAACAUUCCUUUUACGGGAGAUGUGAAGUUAAAGGGCCUUAUUGUGGUUAGCGAUGAAGAUGGUUUUCCCGAGCAAGUAAAACUGUAUAAAAACCGGCCACACAUGCUUUUUGAUAACAGACCUAUGACUGGGGACCAGGAAAUAGAUUUAGUUAUAGAUACAUUUGGAAUACAUGAAUAUCCUCUAAGGCCAGUCAAAUUUUCGUCAGUGCAGCAUUUGAGUCUUUACUUCUCUGGUAAUAUGCAUGAUAUGAAAAUUUAUUACAUUGGUCUUAAAGGAGAAUGGACACCAUCUCACAGGCAUGGUGUAACUAUUUGUACAUACGAAGCACGUCCUCUAAUUAGCGAUCAUCCAACAGAUAUUAACGAAAUCAGCAGAAUAAUUAAAUGAUGUGUCUGAGCUUGUUUUUUUGUGAAGUUGGUUUGAUACAGGAAAUGAAUAUUGAGGAUAUUGAGUUAUAAAAUAAUGUAUAUUGUAUUAUGAAAAUUCAAUAUAACUGCAUAAUAUUUUUGAAUAAAGAGCAUAUAAUAAUAAAU